UUUAAUUCAUUCCUACAUUGAUUUGGGCGGCGUAAAUCGCCGGCGAUUCAGUCGCGACUACAGUCAUGGAGGCAUGGAGGUUACCGUUAUCGUCUUCGAUUAGAGGAAAGCUGAUAUCGGCCGGUUAUGCUUCUCUGUCAUUGAUUUCUUCGGUUUCUUCUUCUGAUCUCGCUCGAGAUGUAAAUAUCACAGAGGAGGAAGCAUUUGAGAUUUUGAGGCUGGCUAAACAAUCCUCAGGAUCCAGUUCUUGCAAUGGAAGCCGUUCUCUCAUAAAUGGAGCAAAGAACGCUUGGGAUAUGCUUCACGAGGAGGAGUCUUUGCCGCGCAUUACUACAUCUUGCUCUGAUCUUGAUAGCAUUUUGGGUGGUGGAAUAAGCUGUAGGGAUGUUACAGAGAUUGGUGGGGUACCAGGGAUUGGCAAGACUCAGAUUGGGAUCCAGCUCUCUGUGAAUGUUCAGAUUCCUCGUGAGUGUGGUGGUCUUGGAGGGAAAGCUAUAUAUAUCGAUACAGAAGGUAGCUUCAUGGUGGAGCGUGUUUUACAAAUAGCAGAAGCUUGUGUAGAGGACAUGGAAGAAUACACAGGAUACAUGCAUAAACAUUUUCAAGCAAAUCAAGUACAAAUGAAACCCAAAGAUAUCUUAGAUAACAUAUUCUACUUCCGUGUCUGCAGUUACACCGAGCAAAUCGCAUUGGUCAAUCAUCUUGACAAGUUCAUCUCUGAAAAUAAAGAUGUUAAAGUUGUGAUUGUAGACAGUAUCACGUUUCAUUUCCGUCAGGACUUUGAUGACUUAGUCCAGAGGACACGAGUGCUUAGCGAAAUGGCUUUAAAGUUCAUGAAGCUUGCCAAAAAGUUCUCACUUGCGGUUGUGUUACUAAACCAAGUGACCACGAAGUACACUGAAGGCUCGUUUCAACUAGCGCUUGCAUUAGGCGAUAGCUGGUCUCAUUCAUGCACCAACCGAGUCAUUCUGUAUUGGAACGGUGAUGAACGUUAUGCGUAUAUUGAUAAGUCCCCUUCACUUCCUUCAGCUUCGGCUUCAUACACUGUAACCAGUAGAGGUCUAAGAAACUCCUCCUCAAGUAGCAAACGGUGCUCUCACAAGCUCUCCUUUACACGAGCCAUCUCUCACAAUGGCUCUGAAAACUGCGUCUCUAUACCAGCUUUCUCUGGUCUCAGAUCCACUUCCCCACGCACCAUCUCUUCCCGUCGACGCAACGCCUCCACGAUAAGUCGCUCUCUCCGCCCUCUCGUUCGUGCAGCCACCGUAGAGACAAUCGAAACAAGUUCUGCAUCGUCCCUGGUUGAUUAAUUGGUGAACACGAUCAGGUUUCUGGCAAUCGAUUGGAAUUGACACGUUUGGAGCAAGUGCACCAGCAGAAAAGCUUUAUAAAGAGUUUGGUAUCACCAUUGAAGCUAUGGUUGAAGCAGCUAAGUCACUUAUCUAAAAAAUAUCUUACAGGUACUACUGAGGUUUGCAUUUGAAGUAAGAGACAUUCCAUAAGCAUUAUCUUCUUUGUCCAAAUAAAAAAGGAUGCUUUUA